AUGCAGCAGCAAUGGAUUCACGGGUAUUGUGACGAGAGGGAUGGCAUUCGGGGAGAGAAAGGGCCUGCGUGGUCGCCACUUCUAUACCAUGCUGCAGGAUCUCCAAGAUUCGCCUUUCCGCGGCAUAAAAUUGCCCAGCCGCGAGGAGAUCGACGCGGUAUUGAAGGUCCUGAAGAAAGAGGACAGCAGCGUGACGGCGAAGAUCCAGGGGACCUCGCCAUUCCCGGGCUCCCCAAUGGCACGAUUUUAAUCAAGAGCAAGACGGUCGCCAUCCCGAGCCAAAUGCGGGGCAAAGAAGGCAGAUGGAGGGGCAAGCCGGGUUUCAGAUCAGAAGAGCCAAGGCAAACAAUUCUCGGAUGUGCUCGUCAACCUCAAAGGCGUCCAUUGAGCGGCACGGCGACGCGGCCCAGCUUCAUGAGCCUGUACGUGCAGCUAUCGAGGGCGGAGAGCUGGGACGGGCUGCAUCUGUUUCGGAAACCGGCGCACGGCGACUUUAUUGAGCCCAAGAAUGUCCUUGACAAAGACAUGAGAAACGCUAUCGUCAAGCUGGAACAACGGGGCAAGGAGACCAGACGGCGGUUCGAGGAAGACCACAAGCACGAGUCGUAG